CAUAAGGUCCAAGUAUUGCUAUAUUAUUUCAGUCUUCGAAUCAACGCCUAAGCGAAAAUUCAACGAGACUAAAUUUUGAUUAAAAAAAUAAAAAUGUUUAUUUGGACUGCGCUGGGAACCAUUUCAGUUACUGUAAUAGUGUAUUAUAUAUGGGCUUUUCAAUACUGGAAACGAAGAAACCUGCCGUUUUUGCAACCACAAAUACCCUUUGGAAACGUUCCAAAUCCUUUCACGUGCAAAGAACAUAUGGGUAUAACAAUGCAAAAAGUUUACAAAGAAAUGAAGAAAAGAAAAUGGAAGCACGGAGGAGUAUAUCAACUGACAACUCCAAUAUACGUUGUCGUAGAUUUGGACUUUGUCAAAAACAUAAUGGCUAAAGAUUUCGAAUACUUCGGGGAUCGUGGAACGUACUAUAACGAAAAAGACGACCCUGUUAGUGCCCACUUGUUUGCUAUGGCGGGCUCUAAAUGGAAAAAUUUAAGGACCAAAUUGACUCCUUCUUUCACACCGGGAAAAAUUAAAGCGAUGUUCCAAAUUUUACUAGAGUGUGAAGCCAAACUACAAGAAAAAAUGUUACUAGAAUACAACAAGAAGCAACCUAUAAACAUCAAAGACGUUCUAAACUGCUUCACCAUCGAAAUAAUUGUUUCUUGUGUUUUUGGUCUAGCUUGUAAGACCGACAAAGACGAAACUUCUCCCUUUAAGAUGUACGGAGAGCAUCUAUUUAGUUCGGCUAGUUUCGUCAAAAUCGUAUUCGCUUCGACCUGUCCUGAUUUGGCUAGACGAUUAGGUGUUCGUUUGACACCGAAGGCAGCAAGCGACUUUUUUCUUCAAGUUGCGCAAAAGUGUGUUGCCUAUAGAGAAAAUAAUAAUCGUGGUCAUAACGACUUCUUGCAACUUUUGGUGGACAUGAAGAAUAACAAUGUUUUGACCCUCGAACAAAUAGCAGCCCAAAUUUUUGUUUUCUUUUUGGCUGGGUUCGAAACUUCUGCAAAUUUGACAACUUUUGUUUUAUAUGAACUUUCCAAAAAUCAAGACAUACAAGAGAAGGCGAGAGCAGAAAUUGAAACGGUUUUAAUCAAAUCUGGUGGUAAAAUCACGUAUGAAUCCCUCCAAGAUUUGAAAUUCGUUAGUCAAAUCAUUGAUGAAAGUAUGAGAAAAUAUCCACCUUUGCUGCAAAUUCCAAGAAAAUGUGUCCAAAAUUAUAAAGUUCCAGGUGAAGACGUUAUUAUUGAGAAAGGUACUUGUGUAGUGAUUCCAGUUCUUGCUAUCCAUUAUGACGAAGAAUAUUACCCCAAUCCCGAGAAAUUUGAUCCUGAACGUUUCACCGAAGAAAAUAAGAAGUUGAGACAUCAAUAUUCGCAUAUACCAUUUGGGGAGGGCCCGAGGAUUUGUAUAGCGAAACGUUUUGGAAUGCUCAAUGUAAAAUUAGGUUUGGUUUCUUUAUUAAAGCAUUAUAAAUUUACUGUCGAUGCAAGAACGAUGGAACCUUUGAGAAUGAUAGUGAAUAGUUUUGUAACAGCUGCCGAAGGUGACAUUUGGUUGAAUGUCGAAAAGAUAUAGUUCUGGUGGUUUUGUAAAAUUUUUCAGUUUAUUUGGGAAUUAAUGGAUUUUAAACACGCUGCAUUGGUGUUU